UCAACUCCUUGUUCCACUGCUUUCCUACAAAACAGAGUGAGAGAAACACACAGCGAUUUGGACAAGCAACAAGACGGUUUUGGUACUGUUGUGAGUAGCUGCGGCACCGUCGUUGGAAGGCGAAGGUGUGAAGAACAGAGGCACAGGUUAUAAACAUGGCUGCUUCAUCAUCUUCUUCUCAAGAAAAGUACGAGGUGUUUCUCAGUUUCCGAGGCGAGGACACCCGUGAUGGUUUUAUUGGACAUCUUUAUAAUGCUUUGCGUCGAAAGCGUAUCAACACAUACAAAGAUGAUGAAAACCUUGAAAGUGGGCAUAAGAUAUCAGAAAUUAUGGAUGCGAUUAAGGAAUCUAAAAUUUGUAUAAUAGUUUUCUCCAAAGAUUUUGCAUCAUCCACAUGGUGCUUAGAUGAAGUGUUUCGCAUACUUGAAUGCAAGAGAGGUGGAAAUGAUAUCAUACCCAUUUUUUAUGGCAUAGAACCAUCCAUUGUACGGAAACAAGAGCAGAGUUAUGCAGUAUCAUUUGAUAAACACGAACAAUGUUUUAAGGACAAAAAGGACAAGGUGCAGCGUUGGAGGGAUGCUCUCAAGGAAGUGGCUGCUCUCAGCGGUUAUGAUUCAAAGAAUAAAAGCCCUGAAUACAAGUUUAUAGAUGAAAUUGUUGAAGAUAUUUUGUCGAAGUUGUGUAGAUACCCAUCAACCUGCGAUCACUCCAAGCGGGGCUUGAUUGGAAUUGAAAAUCAUAUCAAGGAAAUUGAAGGAUUAUUAUGCAUGGAGUCAAUGGAUGUUCGCACCAUAGGUCUUUAUGGCAUGGGCGGUAUUGGAAAGACCACCCUUGCUCUUGCUGUAUUUCAAACGUUAUCUCAUCAUUUCGAAAGUCGUUGCUUUCUUCGCAAUGUUAGAGAAGAAUGUGAAAAGCGUGGCGUAAUGAAAUUGAGAAAGGAACUUCUUUCUAAGCUAUUCUGUGAUGAUAAAACUGUUCCAAGCUUGGAAUCAACUCAUCUUCAAGAGAGACUCUGCCGCACAAAGGUCCUUAUAGUUUUAGAUGAUUUGGUCGAUGCAAUAUCCCAAUUAAAUGAAUUGUUACCUAAAGAGUACAAGCUAGGUGCUGGAAGCAGAAUCAUUGUCACAACUAGGGAUGCACAAUUGCUUAAAUCAAGGACAGACAAAGUUUACGAGGUUAAGAGGUUAAAUGAUAUUGAAGCUCUUAAGCUCUUCCGCUUACACGCUUUUAAAAAUAAUUGUGUUCUUGAAGGAUACGAAGCUUUAUCAAAAAGUGUGGCCGAUUAUGCAUAUGGCAAUCCAUUAGCUCUUGAAGUCUUGGGUUCUUCACUUCACUCCAAAAGUGUAGAAGAAUGGAAAAGUGCAUUGGAUGAGCUGCAAAUGGAGCUGAACCCGAAAAUUGAAGAAGUGUUGAGAAUAAGUUUUAACCAAUUAGGCAAAAAAGAUAAAAAAGGCUACACUCCCAUCCAGGAUGUAUUUCUUGACAUUGCAUGCUUUCAUUACGAUGGCGUUGAUAGAAAAUUUGUGGAAAACAUGAUACAACAUAGUGGUGCGACCAAAAAAAUAAGUGAUCUCAUUGAUAAGUGUUUAAUAAUUGAAGAUAGAAACAGAUUGUCCAUGCAUGCUUUUGUACGGCAGAUGGGCAAGGCAAUUGUUUAUGAUGAAAACAAAGAACCAGGACAACGUAGUAGGCUGUGGAAGGCUCAGGAUGUUCGACAUGUAUUGGAGAGAAAUACGGGAAGCUGUACAAUAGAAGGCAUAUUAUUGAACCUGUUUCAACUUGAAAAGGAUGUUAAAGUGAGGCCUACAGCACUCUCAAACAUGCACGAUCUACGAAUUCUUAGAUUUUUUCAUGAUGCAUUUGAUUAUGAAGGCAAAUUCAGGGAGAGAUUAGGAUGGGCUCCUUACAAUAAAAUGCAUCUUCUUCUUGAAGGUAUUGAAUAUCUUUCCGAUAAGUUAAGGCAGUUUCAGUGGGAUUUAUACCCUUCAAAAGAUUUGCCAUCAAAUUUUAAUCCAGAAAAUCUUGUUGAACUUGUUAUGCGUGGAAGCCAACUUGUGGAGUUACCUUGGAAUGAAGACCAGCCCAUUGAGAAUUUGAUGAAGAUCGAUCUUGGAUAUUGUGAGAGCCUUAUUCAAAUACAAAAUUUGUGUGGGGCUAUAAAUCUUCAAUGGAUAAAUAUUGAAGGUUGUCCAAGUUUGGUUCAAGUUCCUUCAUGGUUUAAGAAUCUGAACAAGCUUGAGCAUCUAGAUUUGGGUUGCUGUAAGAAUUUGAAAGAUGGCUUAGAAAAUCUUCCAUUGAAUAUAAUGGUGUUAUCAUUGUAUGGGACGGCAAUAGAAGCAUUGCCCUCAUCAUUUCGGGAUCUUGAGAAACUUGUAUAUUUAAAUUUGAGUCAUUGUAAGAAUCUGACAGGUGGCAUAGAAAAUCUUCCAUUGAAUCCCCGACGUUUAUAUUUAAGUGGUUGUACGAGAUUGAAAUCAAUACCAGUACUUCCAUCAGGUUUAGAUUUUUUGGAUGCAAGUAACUGCACAUCGCUGGAGACAUCGGUAAGUUGGAGCGAUAUUCAACAAGUUGAAGGAAUAAGGGAAGACUAUAAUUUUGAAUAUCGUCAGGCGGUGUAUCCAGGAAAUGAAAUCCCCGAGUGGUUCAGUCAUCAAACUGAUGAUGGGAACUCAUCCCAUAUUCACCUUCCCCCCAAUUGGUUCCCUAUUCACGAUCCCCUCUUCGGAUUUCUUUUUUCCGUUGUUUUUAGGUUAAAUGGAUAUAUGUCUUCGCCUUACAUCUUAGUUGAAUUCAAUUUCCAAACCAACGUCAACAGUGAUGACCGUCUUCGUCCCGCUGGUCGGAUACGACGCACAUUAUUUUGCGAUGGGGGGCGGGAAAUUUAUCGAUGUGAAAUGGAACGUGAUCACGUCUUCAUAGCGGGCGUGAAAUUAAAUUUGAAACGCUUGUUUGGGGAAGAGUGGUCCUCUGUUUGUUGCAAUGUCACCGAGGUUUCUUUCCGUGUGUCUAUAGAGGGGACUGGGGUCAUCAAUUGGGAGAUCAAAAAGUUUGGAAUGGGAUUGGCAAGUACGUGGGGUACUGCAACGAAAAGUAAAAGACGAUUUAGUGAAUGCAAUGGUCAAGCCAGUGGAUACCAAGACAAAGUUGACUCGCAUGAUCCUCACGCCAGCUCCAAGAGAAUCAAGGCCCAAUCAAAUAAUUAGAUUGUGUGAAAUGCAGAGGAGAACUUCACUAGGCAAAACACAUGGAUGGCUCUAGCUGAGGAUUCUCAAGGAUUUAGAAAUGCAAAAUUUCAGUAAAUAUGCAUCUGUACCAAUAAAAUAAUGAAGAAAAUGUGCUGCUUUUGGUGUCAUUAAUUUUUUUGUUUGUCUAUUUUUAAUAAUGUGGGUGAACAAAUAUUGCUUCUUAAUGAUUUCUUAUGGUAUCGAGUUAAGUAACGAGAUUGGCCAUAUAUAUUUUUGUUCUAGUUUUAGCUGGGGUUAUGCUUAUGCUGUUGCAUUUUUCUUUUAUGUACUUAAAAGGGAAGUAAAAGGUGCGUGUUGUUGCUUUAGAA